AGUGUCUGCCCGAGCUAUUUCUCAGAUGCUCCAACCCCGGAAGAGGUACAUCCGAGGGAACGCAUCGCAGUCUGUGCACGUCCGGGACCCGAUUCUUGGGUCAUUUCUGCGGGCUGUUGGGCUGGUAGGGCAGUCCCUUAGACAGGUAUGCCCUAGAGGUGGCAACCACAUCUGAGGAUAAAAGCCAUUAGAGCCUAUGACCUCUUCAUCUCCAUCCAGCUGUGGACAGAGACCACUCUCAGCACCAUCCUCAGCAUCUGACAUCAUAAAGGAGACUUGGGAACCUGCCAGCACUCUGGAGAGCCUUUUUCUGAGACAUGGCGCUUUGGGGGCGAAUGCUGUGGGCACUCUUUUCUGGCCCAAGGAGGAGGGGAGGCACCCAGGGCUGGGCCUUCAGCUCAUGGCAACCCCAUCCACCUCUAGCUGGGCUGUCCAGUGCCACCGAGCUGGUUAGCUACUGGACAGGUGUCUUUGAGAAGAGAGGUAUCCCUGAGGCCCAGGAAUCCAGUGAGUACAUCGUGGCUCACGUCCUUGGAGCUAAAACAUUUCAGAGCCUGAAGCCGGUACUUCGGACCUAUCCCCUGACCCCUCAGCAACUGAAGUGUAUUCAAGAGCUGAGUAGGCGCCGUUUGCAGAGGAUGCCUUUGCAGUACAUCCUUGGGGAGUGGGACUUUCAGGGACUCAAUCUGAAGAUGGUGCCUCCUGUGUUCAUUCCUCGGCCAGAGACAGAGGAACUGGUUGAAUGGGUCCUGGAGGAUGUAGCCCAGAGAUCCCAUGCAGUGGGAGCCCAAGGUGGCCCCCUCAUUCUAGAGGUGGGCUGUGGAUCAGGAGCUAUCUCCCUUAGUCUGCUGAGCAAGCUCCCCCAGAGCCAAGUCAUUGCUGUGGAUAAGGAGGUGACUGCCAUCUCUCUGACCCAUGAGAAUGCUCAAAGGCUUCGGUUGCAGGACAGGAUUCAGAUCAUCCCACUGGAUGUGACCUUAGAAGGGAGUUGGAUACACCUUCUGCCCUGGGGCUUCAUGGACUUGAUCAUCAGCAACCCUCCAUAUGUUUUCCACCAGGACAUGGAGCUGCUGGCCCCCGAGAUCCUCAGCUAUGAAGACCCAGCGGCCCUGGACGGUGGGGAAGAAGGCAUGGACAUCAUUACCCAAAUCCUGAUGCUGGCACCCCAGCUCCUGAAGUAUUCUGGAAGCAUCUUCUUGGAAGUGGAUCCAAGGCACCCAGAGCUUGUUAGCAGCUGGCUUCAGAGCCAUCCUGACCUAUACCUUAAUCUCGUGGCUGUGCGCAGGGACUUCUGUGGGAGGCCCCGGUUCCUGCAUAUUCAGAGGUCUGGGCCAUAGCAUGGCUGGUAUGUGUGUACCUGGCAAGGGGAACCAACUUGUUUGAGUGCCUGGUUGACCCUUCUUGGAAUUUUACUCAGAAAAAGGUGGAUGAUACUUUUCAGGUGUUUAUAGCAUUUCCCAUGGUGUUGUGAUUCCCUGUGCUCUACAUUUCUGGGAUACUUAAGGGUAAAAAACAAAGGCCAGAGUAUCCUUCCAGGGGAGGCAAAGAUCAGAGACAUCCACAGUGUGUGGCUUAGGAGCUGGGCAGACCCAGCUUCCCAAUUUGGCCAAUCAGCAAUCAGGGCAGGUUGCUCAUGGUCUCUGUUGGUAAAAUUGCUGUGUGGGUACCAGAUGUGGCCAGUAAAGUAUCAGGAAACUGACAAA